AUGGCGCCGAGCUCCGCGCCCCCAGAGCCGAAAUACUACGGAAAUCUAGAUGUCUACGCUACGACUCUGCCGGGUCUCGGCGAGAUCUACUUGCCCAUUGGCCAGUCAUUCCCUCAAUUCGAGGACGUGUAUCAUGCUCUCCUUGCUUACCAGGCCAAAUCACUGCACACCGGACGCUGCUACCUUCCUCCUGACUCGGUAACCAGCGAGGCGGCGACUGGCCGCUGGCGAGCUGCUUGUGUCUAUGAUCCUGUCGCGGAAAAGGCUUUCGACGUAGGGCUCCGAGAGAUUGUCGAAACGAACGCCUUUAAGUUUAAUACUAAAGUGCGAAACCUCUUCCCGGGUCCCGCGUGCAGACCUGCAGGAGCUGGCGUCAGCGCGAAGACGUAUCUCCAGAACAACUACAUCGGCGUGAAGGGCUCGGCUGGGGUGUUCAAGCUUAAACGCGUGUGGGUGAAGACCGACCCUAGAACUGCAGAGCUUCAAGAACUCUUCGAAGGUUACUUUUCUCUACGUGUCUCCUAUGAUCCGGAUUACAGGAAGAAGAAAAUCGAAGAAGGCGCGAAGUUCUCAAUUGCCUUUUGGGCCGUCAGAGCAGCUAGGGAUGUCGACGGUAAGGAGAUUGGGCUAGUGCCGCAAUGA